AUCAAUGUGGUACAAGAUAAUUUUUAGAUGUAAACAAGGUAGAGGAAUAGGCAUAAGGGAAUCACAUGUCCACAAAACAAACAGAGUCGCGGUGUUUGACGUGGCGAUAAGGAGAGCCAAUGAGCUGCCUAUCUCCAGAUUACCAUUACUCCAUUACACGCCCUCUCAUCAACAUCUUCAUAAUCUAUCGCGCCACCUCACCUGCUUCUCCCACACUACCCAUUCCAUUUCUGUCUGAAUUUCAUUUUACUUCUGCCUCCUCCUUCGCCUGCACAGCCCAACCACAGAGCCGCUUUCUCCCAAAUCAAAUGGCCUUUACUUCUCAAGCCCACAACUACAUCUACCUCUCUUCCCUUCACCUCUCAAAUGGAAUAACUACAACAAGGAGAGGAAGAAGGAGAGCUCCAACAGCUUCAGUUCGUUGUAAGAUGGCAGCAACAACGACGGAGUACGAAGAGGGGCAGCUGGAAAUGCCCAAAUGGGCAGGCGAGACUCCCCUCUCUCGCCUAGUGGGUGCCAUGGUUUCUUUCAAGCCUCUCUACUCUCUUCUCAAGCUCGGCGCCCGGCAAGUUCUUAUCAGCACUGCCGAGAAGAAGAACAUUCAAUGGCGAGAAAUGACAAGGAAGAUUCUUCAAUCCGAUGUUCACAAGGAGAUGGACACCAUUCUCAACCCUUCCAUCCAGUACCCUGAUUAUUACCUAAGUCCCUUCCAUGCAUAUGAUGAGGGCAAUCUUUCAUGGCUGGCUGCAGCAGAGGCAGAACCAGCAACCAUGUCAAUGGUGUUCAGAGCGGUACCGAGCGCUUCCUCCGUAGAGGAAGCAAACGAAAUCGUUCGUGGAAAUUGGCUCCGUGCUAUUGAGCAGCAGCAUCAGCAAUACUCUGACAAUUCGACGAUUAGGGACAUUCUCGAUGUUGGUUGCUCCGUAGGCGUCAGCACAAGAUUCCUUGCGGACAAGUUUCCUUCGGCAAAUGUCACAGGGCUGGAUCUCUCGCCUUAUUUUCUCGCUGUAGCGCAAUUCAAGGAGAAGAACAGCGGGCACCCAAGAAAGAAUAUAGUAGGAUGGAUCCACGCUAAUGGAGAAAACACCGGCCUGCCUUCACAGUCAUUUGACGUUGUAUCCAUUUCUCUUGUGUUUCAUGAAUGCCCGGAAAGAGCAAUAGUUGCCAUAGUCAAUGAAGCAUUUAGGCUACUUCGACCCGGAGGAACCAUUGCACUGAUGGAUCAAGCGCCCAAGUCAAAGACCCUCCAGGAACUGUCGCCGGUUUUGUUCACGCUGUUGAAGAGCACCGAGCCAUUUCUAGAUGAGUUCUAUCUGACUGAUCUAAAUGGAAGUCUGAAGGAAGCUGGAUUCAUCAACAUUCAAACUGUUCUCACUGACUCUAGACAUAUGACGAUGACAGCCACAGUGCCGCCUCGUUAGCAGGUAUUCUAUGUGUGAUUGUCAGGUUGCUCCCUCUCUCCAUUCGUGGGUUCUUGUUUCCAUCAUGGAAUGAUAGGCGGACUGUAUAGGGUUCACCAAACUGAUAUGGUACAAACUACAGAGGACUGAACUUUUUUCUUUGUACUUGUUUGAUGUGCAUCAUUUUGGAAAGUUUUCAUGGUCUCUGAAUUGUAAGAAAUAGCGGUGGACAUAAUUAAUCAAAUUCGAGACAAUUAGAGAUGACCGCUUUUUCAAAUUUUAACUUCUUAACAAUCGUGACAGGUUCUUACAUUUGGGUGAAUCAUGAAAACUUUUCAGGAGGUUAUCAAUCUCUAUACUCGUUUAGAGCAUGCUUAAUUUUAGAGAUUUUACAAGAACUCAUGAAUUUAAAAAAAUGUCAGUUUUCUAUUAAAUGUUGGAUUAUUCC